AUGGCUUUACUAAAUCUAUCUUCUACUUAUGAGCUUCAUGUUCGUAAGUUUCCUCUACUUAUGACAAAUGGCUUGCCACCUGGGAGCUUCAUAUACUUAUUGAUGAUGCCUGCCUUGUGCUCUCAAUGGAUUAUGGGCUCAAAGUAUAGAACAAAGCUGAGGCAGAGACUGCUCAGAAACAGAGGAUUUGAUCCUGCUCUAGGAUGGAAUGGAAUUCUUGUUAAACGGACUGAGGACAGAACCACAGAAAUUCCUCCUCGGACUCAAGCCAUGUAUAAGUGA